AUGCAUUUCGACUGCAAGCAAGAGCUACGACCCAUCUUUACGUCAUUGAAUGGUGACAACUCAUGGCUCCUGUCCUUUCCUCGACCUUUCGCGGAGCGCCAGAGUACAGGCAAGGCAUACUUCCAUAUCGUGCACGACCCUUGGCUCAAUGGUCCCGAAGUCCAAGUGUCGUCAUGGAUAGUCUUUCUUGCUUUAUCGUCCCCACCUGCCGUCAGCAAUGGCGCAGGCGUUGAACGACUUGUGCUAGAAAUUGAGUCCGCAGCGGCCGAAGCAGGCAUUGUCGCGUCUUCCACAAUUCAGACAGCCGACGGCAAAUCUCCAGUGGAUGCCAUAUUCGUAAACUUGCAUUAUGGAGAUCACCUCCACACACCCACGCUCUUAACUUUCUCUUCUUCAGUUCCCGUCUUCACCACCCCAGAAGGAGCCCUCGUCAUAAAAAAACUAAAUCACUUCGAGACCAUCACCACCUACAAAGAUCUCGAGCAAGACACGUUCACCGGCGACUGGACGACCUUGCACCCAAGCCCCAUCCUCCCCUCCUACCUAACAAUCUUUCGCAUCAAAGGACAUCACAAACUCAACUUCCUCAGCGCUUUGGUCUGGACGUCUGAACUGGGCACGCAUGAAGCAGUUCUCUAUUCACCGCACAGUCUGCACACUUCCACGCCAGCUUUGCAGACGUUUCUGCACCGCUCUACCCCUAGCUUCUCUACUCUUGCGAUGCUACAUGGACUGAAGGAAAGCUGGACUUGGAACUGGCAAACUACCUUCGGGGUGGCGAGUGGACUGCAGUUGUAUAGGGAGAGUGGAGCGAAGUAUUGGAUUAGUACACAUGAUGACCGGCUGAGUUAUGGAGGUUUGGUGUGGUGGUUUGCUAAUGAUAUCUUUAGGACGUUGGAGUGGGGGUUGGGGCAGGAGAAAAGAGGAGAAGGGGAAGUAAUGAAGGAAGUUAAGGUUGAAGAAGUGCAGAAUGGGGAAUAUUUUGUGUUGGUGUAA